AUGAACAACUUCCAAAUUCUUAUUUUAUUAAUAAGUAUUUGUUCUGCAGAAUUACUUACUGAUGGAGUUCCAUUUAAACUAAAUGGAAUUAAUUCUGUUUCGUUAGACUAUUCAGUUAAUCCAAAACACAGAAAUAAUAAGAUUAGAAGUUAUAUUACAUUAGAUGCUACGUCACAAACAUCAAUCAAAAUCUCUGUUUCUAUUAAUGAUAAAGAAAUCGUUCCUCUUCAAGAAUACAUAGAGCCUAUUGCAAUUGAAGAAAACGAUGAAUAUAAAAAUGCUAUUCAUAAAAUUACAGUUUCUUCUUCAGCUCCAAUGAGUGGAAUAAUUACUGCAGCUGGUGCAAUAUAUCUUUCUGAUUGUUCUCCUGUUACAUUUGAUUCUUCUAACUUUAACUAUAUGGUUCACUUUAUUUAUGAAGCAAAGAACACUCAUUUCUCACAUGAAAAUGAAUGCACAAUUAUUUCUUCUUUACUUCUUAAUUUUACUGAAGGGGUUUCUUUUUAUUUUGAACAAGAGCCAAAUAGUCAGUCAACAAGUGAAUUUAAUAAAUAUUCUCUCUAUCAAUACAUCCCUGUUUUUGAAGAUGGAACGGUUUUUAUUCAUGCACUAGGAGUUGAAGGAGGGGUUCAAGAAGCAACAGUAAAUUCAUUUUUAACUCUUCAAUACCUUAACGACUGUAAUGGAAAGAAACAAACAAUCCAUUUAGAUUCAACUGGGUCUUAUGCCUUUUAUAGAGUACUUCAAGUAACUGCUUCUGUUUCUGGUCUUCCUUUAUCAGUAAUAGGAUCAAGUCAAUUUGAAGGAACAAUGGAAGUAUAUUAUGGGAUCUGUGAUGCAGAAAAAAUAGGUGAUAUUAAAAGUGACGAUGACACUAUUCUCUUAGCUAAUAAUUGGUCUAAUAAUAAUUUUGCUGUUAUAGUUAAAUAUAACGUUCCAAAACCUAUUGAUGUUGAGGUUAUUCAUCAUGAAGUUAUUGCUCUUUCAUCAACAAAUGAAUUCUUUAUGCAUAGUGAUGUAGCUUAUGGAUCAUUCUCCUUAUGUGGUUUAACACAAACUACUAAAAUUACAACUUCUCUUGAUCAAACAAUUACAAUUUCUACUGGAGUUGAUACUGUUCCAAUUGAGGAUGCAACUAGUUCUUCCAAAGAAAUUACUAAACAAAAUUUAGAAGGUGGUAGUUAUAUGGUAUUAUUUAAAGGUAAAUAUGGAAUUGUAGAAACUACCUUUGAAGUUUCAAAUGAUAUUUUUGAAUUACCACCAGAAGGAACUUCAAGAAUUGGAUGUUCAAAUGCUGUUUAUUCAGUAAUUGUUGAAGAAGGAGCAAUGGAUUAUUUUGUAAUGUUAAAGUCACUUGAAGUAGAACCAACAUAUAUGAUUUAUGUAGAUCAAAAUAUUGAUAAUUUAAAUGAAAAUGCACAAUUUUCAUCGAAAAAAGGACAGGUUUAUGUCUCGAAUAUUCAUUAUCCAUUUGAAAAUUAUUCAAUCACAACUGGUCAAUAUUAUAUCAAAAUUAUUAACUUCCCAACAAAUGCACAUUCUCAAGUACAACACUCAGGAUCAAUAGAAUUACGCGAUAAUGUUAAUAAGACAGUUACUGUAACAAAAGACUAUCAAUACGCUCGAAUUAUUUUGAAAGGUUGGAAUGAUGAAUAUACAUUUACUUCAUCUUGCAACUUAGAUUUUGUUGUUAAUGGUGAAUAUAACACUUUUGGAAACCCAAGACCACUUGAUGAAAAUGCUCAAUUUAAAACAACAGGAACAAAUUUCACAAUAAAGUACUCAGAUCCAGCUUUUAGUAACAGUAUUUCUCAUGUUGGGUUUAGAAGCACUGAUGGAAAAGAGCAUAAUUGUACUAUUCAAUAUAGUACAGUGUCAUACAAAAUAAUACGUAUCCAUACUGGAUUUAAUACUGUUGACUUCAUUUUGUGUUGUUGUGGUGGAUUACUAUUGUUAAUUUUCAUUGCUUAUAUUACAUUGAUUGUCAUUGGUCUUGUUAAAGGCUGGCUUAAGCCAAGUUGUUCAAUGAAGAAAAUUGAAUAA